UGAUGGGGGUGCCUCCUACGCUUACUCCAAUCGCCUCUCGAAGGAGCACUUCUAGUUACCCAAACGAAACAUACACAAACAUGGCGACAAGACAGACAGUCAAGAUGCUGUCCCCUCUUAGGUUUACAAUAUAUUUGUUAUUUUUCUUCGCUCCUGGUACAUUUUCCUCCACCCUUCGUCUUCAUCGAGACCAGCGGUUAUUGCUACUGCAGGACAGGGGUUUUUCUACGGUGAACGCAAAUGAAGAAUGUAUCCAUGGAAUAGGCGCCGAUGCGAAAAGACGAGCUGCACGUAAUGCAAGGGAAGACAGAGCUUCGGGCAUGUAUCAGCAUCGCAUUCGGCGGAGUGCAGUCCAACCACCCGUGCCAAAGGUGUAUGGACAGGCCAACCUGAACGAUUCCCAUAACCAGAUGGUGGUGCACUGGGCCGGGGAGAAGAGCAAUGUCAUCGUGGCGUUGGCCAGAGACAGUGUCGGAGCCGCAGGUCCCAAGACUAGCUCGGUGUACGUCUCUUACGACUAUGGAACCAGCUUCUCCCCCAUCUCCGAGAGGUUUCAGCUGAGUGGGGGGAUUGAGAAAGAGGGGAACAAGCAGGUCAUCUCCCAGUUCUACCACAGCCCCGCUGACAAUAAGAGGUACCUCUUUGCAGACAGCACCAACAGCUACCUCUGGAACUCCUUUGACUUCUGCAAGACCAUCCAGGGGUUCUCCAUCCCCUUCAAGCCCACAGAUCUGCUGCUGCACAGCAAGAGGGCCAACCUGGUCCUGGGCUAUGACAGCUCCCACCCCAACAAACAGCUAUGGAAAUCUGACGAUUUUGGAGAGACGUGGGUGUUGAUCCAAGAGCACGUGAAGGCCUAUUUCUGGGGUGUGGAGCCGUACGACUCCCCCACCACGGUGCUGGUCCAGAGGCACGAGCCCCAGGGGGUGUCCAGCAUCCUCAGCAGCACCGACUUCUUCCAGAGUGAGCAGAACCGCCGAGUCAUCCUAGAGAGAGUGGACAACUUCCAGCUCCGGGACAAGUACAUGUUCGCCACCACUUCCGCAACUUUGUUGGGGAGUCAUGAACCAUCCUCCGUCCAGCUGUGGGUGUCCUACAACCGCCAGCCAAUGAAAGCCGCCCAGUUCAUGACCCGCCACCCAAUCACAGAGUACUACAUUGCUGACGCCUCGGAGGACCAGGUGUUUGUUUGCGUCAACCACCUCAACAACGUCACCCACCUGUACAUCUCAGACACGCAGGGCCUGUCCUUCUCUUUGUCCCUGGAGAAUGUGCUAUACUACAGCCCAGAGGGUUCAGGCAGCAACACCCUCAUCAGGUACUUUACCAAUGAGCCCUUUGCUGACCUGCACCGCGUGGAGGGUCUGCGCGGCGUCUUCGUGGCCACACUCAUCAACGGCUCACUCAGCGAGGACAACAUGCGCUCUGUAAUCACCUUCGACAAGGGGGGCACCUGGGAGCUGCUGCAGGCCCCCUCCGCUGACAGCCUGGGAGGAACACUGGACUGCCAGCUCUCCAAAGGCUGCUCCCUCCACCUGGCCCAGCGCUGGAGCCAGCUUCUCAACAUUCAGCUGCGCAGGAUGCCCAUACUGUCCAAGGAGUCAGCGCCAGGGCUCAUCAUGGCCACAGGCUCUGUGGGCAAGAACCUGGCCAACAAGCCCAACGUGUAUGUGUCCAGCAGUGCUGGGGCCAGAUGGAGAGAGGCGCUGGCCGGUCCUCACUUCUACACGUGGGGUGACCACGGGGGCAUCCUCAUGGCCAUCGCCCAGGGGGGCUCCAGCACACACCUCAAGUUCAGUACCAAUGAGGGGGAGACGUGGACAGACUUCCGUUUCUCUGACAGGGAGGUGUAUGUCUACCAGCUGCUGACGGAGCCGGGGGAGAAGAGCACCAUCUUUACCGUCUUCGGCUCCUACGCCGACCAGAGACACAGCUGGCUCAUCCUGCAGGUCAACGCCAGCGACGUGCUCGGCGUGCCGUGUGCCGAGGGAGACUACAAGCGCUGGUCCCCGUCAGACGAGCACGGCAACGACUGUCUUCUGGGUAGAGAGAUGGUGUACAAGCGACGCACGCCCCACGCCACCUGCUUCAACGGAGAAGACUUCGACCGCCCCGUCACCGUGUCCAACUGCUCCUGCACACGCCAGRACUACGAGUGUGACUAUGGCUUCAAGCUGAGCGAGGACCUGUCCCUCCAGGUGUGCCUGCCCGACCCCGAGUUCUCGGGGAACCUCUACGCCCCGCCCGUGCCUUGCCCCGUUGGCACUACCUACCGUCGCAGUACAGGGUACAGGAAGGUGUCUGGGGACAGCUGUAGUGGAGGGGAUGUAGAAGCCAGACUGGAUGGAGAGAUGCUGCCCUGUCCUGUAGGAGAGAGUAAUGAGUUCAUCCUGUACGCUGUGAGGAACUCCAUCCAUCGCUAUGACCUGGCCACAGGGACCGACCAGGCCCUGCCCCUCUCUGGUCUCCACGAGGCCGUGGCCCUGGACUUUGACUACGAACGGAACUGCCUCUACUGGGCCGACAUCUCGCUGGACACCAUACAGAGGCUUUGUCUAAAUGGCAGUACGGGACAGGAAGUGAUCGUUAGGAAGGACCUGCAGAAUGUGGAGGCCCUCACCUUUGACCCCAUCAGCAGGCUGCUCUACUGGGUGGACGCGGGAGCGCAGAGGAUUGAGGUGUCUAACCCUGAUGGGGACCUACGUCACACUCUGCUCAACUCCUCAGUGCUGGAGCAUCCCAGAGCUCUGGUCCUCAUGCCAGGAGAGAGCCUGAUGUUCUGGACGGAUUGGGGCGACCGUGCGGCCGGCGUGUACCGAGGCUACAUGGACGGCUCCAACGUGUCAUGCAUCGUGUCCGAGGGCGUCCGCUGGCCCAACGGCAUCACGGCUGACGACCAAUGGCUGUACUGGACCGAGGCCUACGGCGAUCGCAUCGAGCGGGCCGACUUCGCCGGCGRUCAGCGCAGCGUGGUCAUGGAGGGCCUGCCUCACCCCUAUGCCAUUGCUGUUUUCAAGAAUGACCUGUACUGGGAUGACUGGUCAAGGAGGGGCAUCUUCAAGGCUCCCAAAGCAGGUUCCCAGGACAACGAACUCAUAGUGGGUAGACUGACCGGGGUCAUGGACCUCAAAAUCUUCUACAAGGGCAAGACCAGAGGCCAUAAUGCCUGUGCAGACCAACCCUGUAGCCUACUGUGUCUGCCCCAGCCCGGGCACCGCCACACCUGUGUAUGCCCCGACGGCGCGCCAACCACCACCCUAGCCAGCGGGGAGCUCCAGUGCCAGUGUCCCACCGGCUACCAGCUCCACAAUAACACCUGCGUCAAGACAGAACACACGUGCCUGCCCAACCAGUACCGCUGCGCCAACGGCAAGUGCAUCAGCAGCAUCUGGAAGUGCGACAGCGACAACGACUGUGGCGACAUGAGCGACGAGCAGGAGUGCCCCACCACCUCCUGUGACCCGUCCAUCCAGUAUCGCUGUGUGGCGUCCGGCUCCUGCAUCCCGCUGGCCUUCAAGUGUGACCACGAGGACGACUGUGGGGACAACAGUGACGAGGAACACUGUGAGAGUCACCAGUGUGGAUCAGGGGAGUUCUCGUGUGCGCGUGGCGUGUGUAUCCGUGACGCCUGGCGAUGUGACGGAGACAAUGACUGCAGGGACUGGUCAGACGAGGCCAACUGUACAGUGGGUCACCACACCUGUGAGGCCAGUAGUUUCCAGUGUCUUACGGGCCACUGUAUCCCUAAGCGCUGGGUGUGUGACGGUGAUGACGACUGUCAGGACAGCUCUGACGAGGAGCAAGCACAUUGCGUGGGGGAUCGCUGUAAUGGCUUCCUGUGUUCCAACGGCACCUGUCUGCCUGCCAGCGCCCACUGCAACGGAGUACAGGACUGCCCAGGGGGCGCCGACGAGCAACACUGUGAUCCCCUGUGUACGCGCUACAUGGAUUUUGUGUGUCAGAACCGAGCCCAGUGCCUGUUCCAGUCUCUGGUGUGUGACGGCAUCAAACACUGCGAGGACGGAUCCGAUGAGGACGUGGCCUACGCCGGCUGCUCCACUCACCCUGAGUUUGAGAAGACGUGUGACCCCUACAACUUCCAGUGUGCCAACGGGUUGUGUGUGAGCCUGGGGUGGAAGUGUGACGGCAUGAACGACUGCGGGGACUACUCUGACGAAGCCAACUGUGGCUCCCCCACUGAGGGGCCAGGCUGCACACGGGACUUCCAAUACGAGUGUCGUAAUGGGCGCUGUGUGCCCUCCUGGUGGAAGUGUGACGGAGAGAAUGACUGUGGAGACUGGUCUGACGAGGCUCAGUGCUCUGGAGUCACGCCCCACACCCCUGCCCCAGGCCCGKCGUCCUGCGCCCCUAACYGCUUCCACUGUGGCUCGGGAGCCUGUAUAGUCAACUCCUGGGUGUGUGACGGCUAUGCUGACUGUCCCGAUGGCAGUGAUGAACUGGGCUGUCCCACAGCAGCCAACGGCACGGCGACACAGGCUCCGUGGCUCACCCAAGCCCCUCCCYUGCCCCCUGGCCGCUGCAGCAGGGGCCAGUUCCUCUGCCAGAAGCCCCCCACCUGCAUCCCUGAUUGGCAGCGCUGCGACGGCCACCAACAUUGCCUGGACGGUUCGGACGAAGCCCACUGUCCCACGCGAGGGCCUCUGACGUGUGUGAACGGCACGCGCUGCGCUGACGGGGAGGCCUGCGUGCUGGACGGUGAGAAAUGUGACGGCUUCAUGGACUGCUCCGACCACAGUGACGAGGACAACUGCACCACCGACUCUCUGGUCUACAAGAUCCAGAACCUGCAGUGGACGGCAGACUUCUCUGGCGCCAUCACCCUCACCUGGUCCAGACCCAAGAACCUGCCCCUGACCUCUUGCUACUUCCUCAUCUACUUCAGGCUGGUGGGCACCCAGCAGUGGACCUCCAUGGACACACACAGCAACAAGAGCAGCUACACACUGUCGGUACUGAAGCCAGACACCACAUACCAGGUGAAGGUUCUGACGCAGUGUCUCAGCAAGCAGCACAAGACCAACGAUGUGUUGACCCUGAGAACGCCCGAGGGAUUGCCCGACCCCCCCAGAAACCUGCAGCUGUCAUGUGACAACGGAGAGGACGGCACGGUGGAGGCCUCGUGGAGCACUCCGGACAAAGCCCACGGCCUGAUCCGGGAGUACGUUGUGGAGUACAGUGAAAAAGGUGUGGAGUGGUUCUCUCAGCGAAGCACCGGCAACAGCGUGGAGGUCAAAAACCUACAGCCCAGCACUCUGUACAAGUUUAGAGUGGCAGCAGUGACGGGUCGAGGUAUGGGGAACUGGACUGAGGUUAAAUCCAUCAUCCCCAAGAAAGCUCUACCACCUCCCUCAGUUAUCACCGACAGCAUCACAGAAGACUCGAUGAGCCUGUCUUUCAGCUUUAACUCCCAAUAUGAGGUGAGGCAGUAUGUGGUGGUGCUGUCCUGGGUGUUUGAUGCUCACGUGAAGGAGAGCAGGAACUACACCGUGCGAGGCAGCAUACUGAAAGCUGCCAACCUGACCGCGGGUACCAUCUACGAGGUGGCUGUGUGGGCCCAGACCGGUGUAGGAGACAGCCCCACAGCCCUGUCCCGCCAGCAGACCACAGGCACUCAGCCGGAGCCUCCCCUCCUCAAGGCCCGRGCCCUCAACCAGAGCUCUGUGGACUGCAGCUGGACUGUAACCGGAUCCCCUGCACAGGUGUAUGGCAUCUUCUUUGCCACCUCCUUCUUGGACCUGUACCGCAGCCCUCACAGUGUGAACACCAGCGCUAGUAGCCAGACCGUCACUGUGGACAGUGAUGAGCAGUACCUGUUCCUCGUGCGGGCCAUCUCUCCCUACCUGGGCCCUCCCUCGGAGUAUGCGGUGGUUAAGAUGAUUCCCAACGAGCGGCUUCCUCCUCGUAACCUGCACAAGGUGCGAGUUGAGAAAACCCAGGCUACGUUGAAGUGGCAGCCUCCCUACGACUCCCCCAGUGCUCCUCUGACRUACGCGGUGCACCUGAAGGACGUGGUGCGUAAGACCGAGAGCAGCUACAAGCUGACCACCCAGAACAACACGGUGGAGUACUGCCUCAAGGGCCUGGAGCCCGGCGGACACUACAGCGUCUCCGUCCGCCUGCGCAACAUGAGCAAGGAGGCCAGCUACACGCUCAACACAAUGCCCCUGCCUGCUCCAGAGGCUCUGAAGAUCCUGACGGAGAAAGACCAUGUGUUCCUCUUCUGGAAGAGUUUGGCCGUGAAGGAGAGGAGCUUCAAUGAGAGCAGGGGCUACGAGGUGCACGUGUACGACAGCCUGUCCAACUCCACCGUGCUCCUGGGUAACACCACGGAGAACUUCUUCCGGAUCAGCAGCCUGCUGGCGGGCCACAACUACACCUUCUCCGUCCAGGCCCGCUGCCUGCUCAACGGACAGCUGUGUGGCGAGCCCGCCCUGCUGCUCUACGACCAGCUGGGACAAGGUCCCAUUGACGCGGUGCGGAGCUCGGGUCAGUCAGGGGACAUGGCGGUAGUGGUGGUGCCGGUGCUGUUCCUGCUGCUGCUGGGGCUGUGUGGGGUCCUGGUGGUCCUGUACCUGAGGCACCGCCGCCUGCAGAACAACUUCACCGCCUUCUCCAACAGCCACUACAACUCCCGCCUGGGCUCGGCCAUCUUCUCCUCAGGGGACGAGCUGGGUGACGAUGACGAAGACACCCCCAUGAUCAGCGGCUUCUCAGACGACGUUCCCAUGGUGAUUGCGUAGCAGGACCACCCCUCCUCCUCCUCCUCCUCCUCUCUAUCACUCUACUAUACACUCUGCCCUGCCUGUCCCAACCCGUCACCUACGCAACCGUGCCCACGUGGUACGACAAAAGGUCAGAGSUCAAGAAAGAAGKUGCGCCAACACUUUCGUCAACCAAMCCCUUCCGAGAAAACAGUCUUAUACGAUUCCGGAUCAAAGGAAGAAAAGGUGAAACGCAACGAGAGAGAUUUUUUUUAAGAAAAAUACGAUGCACUUUUUAGGAUGCGCAAUAACUUAUUUUUUUAUACAUAAUAUAUAUAUAUAUCGGUCAAAGGACUUUAUUGGUCGGGAACUGAUGCUAACUGUGAAGGAUUAGGAGUCUGUCAGGCGAGUCGAGUCGUGUGUUAGUCGCUCUGGGAGAAUAGACCCAACUACAAACUAACUCCAUAAAGAGCAGUUCAUUGCUUGAAGCCAAAAUAAGUACCUAGCAACUGGAAUAUCCAAUGCAGAAAAAAAACACACCUAAGGAAAGAAAAUAUACACCUAAUCAAUAUACUGUAUGUAAAAAAAAAUAUUGUUUAAAAGUUACCAAUAAAAGCUUCUUGAAGGGAGUGAGGAAAACAAGCUCUUGACACAGCAUAAAUUAACAGUCUUUAUGGUAUUUAUUCAGGAUUUAUGUCACUUUAAAGAGUAUACUAUUUGCCCAUGGUACGUUGUUUACGGYGUCCAUACAGAAAUCGAUCUGAAUAUGUUACUGUCUGUUCGAAUGAGAUCACUUUAAUCUGUUGUCGAUAUUUGAUUUGAAACUGUCCGUUGGCGUGAACACAGCAUUCGGCGUCCGCGUAACCAACCAAUGAGUAGCGAUUAGAUKAAAUCRAUGGCACCAGGCGGUGUCAUAUAGAUCCAUGUUCCUCCUACCACCAGCACAGGAGUUGCUGUAGUCUACUCAGCUGUAACAAUAACACAGAGGAGUUGUUCACAUUUAUUAACUCCAAAAAGUCAGCUUGAUCAUUCUGUUGUGUUUCUCUACUCCCAAUGCCGCAUCAAUAGGAAAACAGUAUGAUUUUAGUUGCUUUUUUCAGGACCACCACAAUGUAAAUAUUCUUGUUAUUCAAAUAUUAUUAUGCCCAAUCUGCUGCUGUUAGUUUGUAGUGUUUGGAACCUUUGUCUCUGAUGUUCUCAGGGAACUGGGUCUUUGUCUGGUCUGACACUGGCGUGGUACCAUCAUCUGAGUUUUUAGCCAACACUCAGAACCCUCACUGAGGUACUAUAGUAACCCUAGAGACAGCAUUUGGAGCAUGACGUAAUUGGACGUAAUUUUGUUGUAAACUGGUUUUCUGGUUGAAAAUAAGUUAUAAAACCAGAUGACAAGGAACUGGUCUUUGUUACAGCAAGAUAUAUUUUUCAUGACGAGAGCAAGAUGUCAUGGGAAAGACGUCAUAUUUUGGUUGUUAUCUGGUCAGAUAACCAGAUUAUUGCAUUUUGUGGUUGCUGUUUAAAAAAUAUAUAAUAAUAAAAAAAAAUAAAAAAAAUGACAGUCUAAUCUACAACCUGAUCAUAAUUUAAUAAUAGACAUCACAAUGAUGUCAUUGAAACCACUUUUGCUUGCUGGGAUGGCAAUAUGAUGUUUAGGUCACAGUGAAGUGGACUGUGUGUCCAGCUCUCUCUCACUGUUUAGCAAAACGCUUCAYGUCAGUUUGAUGCGCCAAGAAAUGUUUGUAUUUUUACUCUUCCCCAUCUUAUUGUGUAGUCAUGAACUGAAACGUGUAUGUUCGUCUAUGCUAAAGAGCCAUUUCAAUUGAUGUGAGGUAUGCUUUUAUUCAUUGACCUGUUUUGGGGUUUUGUUCAUGAAUGUAUUUUAUAUCUGUGAUUUUAUGGCUACGAGGCAAUGUGAUCCCCCGCCCGCUCCCUCCCACCUCUCAUGUGAAAUGGAUACACUCGCAGUCCUCUCACUUUGUAUAGCCAAGAACUCGUUUUGAUAGUGUCUGACUGUAGACUGGUUCAGGGCAGGCAUCGCGCCCCCAGGCUCCAGAACCACGUUCCCAUCCCACUGUGGGGGUGACGUCACAGCAGCCCCCCACCCCCCCC